CUACCUCAUGGACAUGAACAAAGCACUGGCAGCAUUCAGCUAGGAUUCAGAGAAGAGAAAAUGUCACUGCUAAAGCACUUGAGUUGUCAUCUCAUAUUUACACUACCUGUAUUCAUUGGAGCAGAAAGUGCUAAUGAAUAUUACUUAACCCGUUGGGCCAGAUGCAUGUACAGUUCCCCUGAUCUCAGUGACAUGGUGUAUAUUGACAACUUUUAUUUCAAUAAAUAUCUAUACACACAGUUCAACAGCACUCUGGGAAGGUUUGUGGGGUUUAGUGAGUAUGGAAUGAAAAAUGCAGAGUUCUGGAACAAUAGCACCUUUCUGCAACACGAGAGAGCUAAUGUUGAUAUAUGGAGAUUCAAUAUUAGAACCAAGGAGUCAGCUGUCCGUGUUAAAGCAGUGAAACCGAAGGUCAUUCUCAGUUUAGUGAACCAGGCUGGUGGCAGACAUCCAUCCAUGUUGAUGUGUAGUGCAUAUGAAUUUUAUCCUCAACACAUCAAAGUGUCCUGGCUGAGAGAUGGUAAACUGAUGACCUCUGAAGUGACUGCCACAAUGGAGAUGGCUGAUGGAGACUGGUACUACCAGAUUCACUCUGAGCUGGAGUACACCCCCAAAUCUGGAGAAAAAAUCUCCUGUAUGGUGGAGCAUGCCAGUUCAACUCAACCAAUGAUCUAUGACUGGGAUCCCUCUAUUCCUGAAUCUGAGAAGAAUAAAAUCGCCAUUGGUGCUUCUGGUCUGGUGCUGGGAAUUAUCAUAGCAGCUGCUGGUCUUGUUUACUACAAGAAGAAAUUAGCAGGGAGGAUCCUGGUACCUAAUUAAUGAUGUUAAGUUUCUCAUUAAAGUUUGAUAACUCGGCUGUCAAACUCAGUAACUUGAAUAAGAGUUAUACAAAUUAAAGAAUUUAUCCUUUAUAACAUCACUAUCACAUAAUCCUAAUGUCUACAAUUCUUUAACUGUUUUAUUUCUAAAUUUAAAACAUGAAAAACAAACAUGAUAUAUCAAAUCCAAUACUUUUCCCACAUGUGAACAUUGUAUGAAUAUUAAGUCAUAUUUGAGCAACUUUUUUUAUUUUUUAUUUUUUUAACCUUCAUUCAGAGACUCUUAUUUUGAUAUUCAUUUCAUUAGGUUGUUCCAGUUUUCUUGUUUGCUGCAUUUAGUUCCUGUUUCCUUGGUUUUAUUGUUUUUUGAAAUUUGUUUUAUAGUAACUGAUUGUUAACUGAUUAACACCUGUUCCUUGUUUAGUUCUUCAUUUAGUCUGUGUAUUUAUAGGUCUCUGUUUCAGUUGUUAUUUUUCUGUUAUUGUCUAUGGUUAGUGUUGGUUUGCUUUUUUUCUGUGUGCUCCAGAGUUCCUUGUUUUGUUUAAUAAAGACCAACUGUAACAGGCAA